AUGAAAAUCAUCGAACUCCCCUGUGAGCUUGUGGAGCGCAUCUUCGAGUAUCUUGUUAGCGAUGUCAGCCCACUUUUUGCUUCGCAAUACCGCCUUGUUUGCCGGCUAUUCGCACAUGAAAUCCAGGAACAAAUCCUCAAGCGCCAGCCACUCAUUGCGUAUUCCGAAGAUAGACGCAAGCUGGGGGACCCGGCAGACCGUCACAUUACCAUCGCUAUUGACAAUGCACGCUUUGACAAACUCUUCGCGCAACAUGGCAGCACCAUAAUCGGAAACGAGGUCCUCCGCAGACAGCAAGAUGAUUCGCUCCCAGGCAUCAAGUACCUGAGAGACUUGGUGGAUGCCGUUCUGAACCUUGAGGAAGGCCCCGUGACCGAUGACCUGCGCAAAAAAUACACCAUGGAAAUCUGCCACGCUGUAUCGAGCAGAAACGCCAAAGGACUCCGCUACUUGCUCUUCUCAAACUCUCCCAUGACCAAAAUGUGGCCAUCCGUAACUUUCACCCUCCCCUCCACCCUCGCCGCAACAAAGCAAAACGCACGCCUCAUGGAGCAAGCUCGCGAUAAGCCCGCUAUCCUCCGCAUAGGCAGGUCUGUGCUCCCUAGCCCCCUCGAAACAGCAUGUGCAUGCGGCAACGUCGACCUGGUCCGCCAAAUCUUGCAACUCGAGUCCGACCAGACUUUGAAAGAAGCCUACGGCGAGACUAGCCGGCGAUGCAUUUCGCAGCAGAUCCCGCAACUGAGCGACUGGGUCGCGCUGUGCAUCUCGAUGCGAAUGGGUCAGUGGGAGACGGGCAAAAUCUUUCUGGACCGCUUCCACGCCGGACCGAAUGUAAGAACGUGCAGACGGUUUGGCACGCAGCGAUUACUCGAGGAAGCGAUAAAAUACCCAGAUAGGGGCUUUGUACGCGAGAUCCUGGACCAACGGCAAAAGUACGGCGGGUGUCUGACUAAGAGUGAGAUGCGGUAUAUCUACAGUUUUGGCACGCCGUCUGUUCUACGGUUCUUGAUCGAGAACGAGUACAUUGAUCCGAAUUUCUGCGGCGGAAAAACUCCACUGAGGUGGGCCGUGUAUUAUCAGCGCUAUGACCUCGCGCGUGUGCUGCUCCAGUAUGGCGCGCGGGUCGAUGGCGUGCCGCUGGACGGGAAGCCCGUUACUGCUCUUUGUCGUGCCGCAAGGACGGGAUACCGAGGUACCAGUGAUAAGCCCUUGCCAGGUGUCAGAUUUCUUCUCGAAAAUGGAGCCGACCCGGCCUUGGUAGAAGAGCAAGUACCGUGGCCGGACGCCGAGUUUAUAUUGCAAAACGCGAGGGAACACGGAAACGAAGUGGCUUUGCGUCGCGAGACGUGGGAAGAAUAUCAGAGAGCAAAGUCGUGGGAAAGAGAGCCUGUUCUAAUAGACCUAUCAUAG